CGCUCGGCCUAAGGCCGCAGAGCCGCUGCCGCAGCCAUUUUGGUUUGCUCUGAGAAGGGGCUGAAACGGUGGUGGGCUGGUGGGGUCCUGCUCUCCACGGGCCCUGUCAGUGCGGACGGGAGGAUGCGACGCGAAGAAGUCCGGAGUCCCUGACACGGCGGCAGCGUUUUCCUUGGCCCCGGGGGAGAUGGACUCUGGAGCCCGCCAGGGCGGUGGCGCCUUAGGACAAUCCCGCGAGUAUAAACUGGUGAUGCUGGGAGCUGGCGGCGUGGGCAAGAGCGCUAUGACCAUGCAGUUCAUCAGCCACCGGUUCCCAGAAGACCAUGAUCCUACCAUUGAGGAUGCUUAUAAAAUACGAAUACGGAUUGAUGAUGAACCUGCAAAUUUGGACAUUUUGGACACAGCGGGACAGGCAGAGUUUACAGCUAUGCGGGACCAGUACAUGAGGGCGGGUGAGGGAUUUAUCAUCUGUUAUUCAAUCACGGACCGACGCAGUUUUCAUGAAGUGCGUGAGUUCAAACAGCUCAUCUACCGAGUUCGGCGCACGGAUGACACUCCUGUGGUUCUUGUGGGGAACAAAUCUGAUCUGACACUGCUCCGACAGGUCUCCAAAGAAGAAGGCUCAGCUUUAGCACGAGAAUUCAGCUGCCCUUUUUUUGAAACUUCAGCCGCAUUCCGCUAUUAUAUCGAUGAUGUAUUUCAUGCUCUUGUGCGAGAAAUCCGUAGGAAAGAGAAGGAAGCAAUAAUGGCCAUGGAAAAAAAAUCCAAACCCAAAAGCAGCGUAUGGAAAAGACUGAAGUCACCAUUCCGAAAGAAGAAAGAUUCAGUGACCUGAAGGGGAGGGAUGUAUCUGUCAAACUGUGAACUGGAAUAUGUAAUCAAAGCAGUCCAGUGACCUACAUUUUUGAGCAUUAUGCUUUCCUCUCUAUUUUUUGACUAUUUUAAAAGGAAAUCUAACUAUUGGGAGUUUUGUGAGGGGCUGCGAUUUACGUUGUUGUUUAAAGUAAUCUUUCCCCCCCAAUUUCAGAACGUUUGGUCUAUGACACAGCAGUGGGUUUUACUUUUGUUUACUGUCAGUUUCUGACUUGGAUCCAGCAAAUGUCACUGACGUAGUUGGUUGCAAAUGCUGUUACGUAUGUUCCUGCACUUUUAAAUGUUUGUCUUAAGGGAUCUCAGCAUAAUGAAAACCGAACUAUGUAGAAUGUCUUUGAACUUUUAC